AUGGAUUUUUUCAGUUCCUUACUUGCAUUUGUGUUAAUGCUAACCAUACUGCUGAUCCUAACUCCCUUAUCCCGUGGCUCAAAAAUCUAUCAUCUGGUUCCUCACCCGCUUCAUCGGAGCUGCUACACCAUCUCUACAACCCUGGGGGUUCUAUGCUCGCCUACUGCCCGCACUCCUAGAAUGGCAAGUAACUGGGAUAACCCAACAGCUGGUUCAGCAUGGGCUGGGAUGAAUCAAGAUGGCUUUCUGGUGUUCAAAUUCCCCAGGACGGGCCUUCAUCUCCCACAUUCAGCCUUGUCCCCCAAAUCCAUUUGGGUUCAAGGAGCCAUUGUCACGUGGGGAGUCUCGUAUGUGGACCCCGGGGCAGAGUGGAACAUGCUCUCCUACUGUGGCUGCAGGUUUUGA